UGGUGAUUUGGUCGCGUGCGGCUCAGCUCUGUCUGCUCGGCUCGAGCCGCUUCGUGGAGUCUGCGCUGCGGCGGAGGAGGAGGACGAUGCGGAGCAGCGGAGCGGCAGAACCGGAUCCACUGGACGGAUCAGACCACAACCAGGACCAGAACCAGAACCAGAGGUAGUCUACCCGAACCCACCAAUGGCUCGGCCCGGCUCGGCUCGGCCCGCAGACAGCAUGACAGCAGCAGCAGCAGCGGUAGCGGCGGAGGAGCGGCAGAGCAGCGAGCUGCAGUGAGACGCUGCUAACAGCUAACAGUUAGCAGCUAGCAGGAGAGCUAGCAGCUAGCAGCGAUGAGCGCGGAGGGAAGCGGAACGAUCCGCAGCCGGAUCAAGAACCUGCUGCGCUCUCCAUCCAUCAAACUGAGGCGGCGGAGCGGCAACGCGGCGCGGCACAAAGAGGAGCUCAGCGGCAAGGUGACCUUGGAGAAGGUUCUGGGUAUCACAGCUCCAGGGAACCGAGCACUGGCCUGCGACCCCCGAACUGGACUGCUGGCGUAUCCCGCCGGGUGUGUCGUCGUCCUGUUGAAUCCUCGGAAGAACAAACAGCAUCACAUCUUCAGCAGCUCCAGGAAGGCCAUCACCACGCUGGCGUUCUCUCCAGACGGCAGAUAUGUGGUCACAGGAGAGGUGAGUCAUAGUCCUGAUCCUGGACCAGUAACAGGACCAGGACCAGGACCAGGACCAGGACCAGGGUUCACUCCGUCUAGUGGGUCCUGAUCACCUUUUGUAAAAUACACUAUAUAUUUUAU